AUGGCCGAAGCUGCUGCUGCUGCCCUUGUCAAAGUCAUUUUUGACAAGCUAGCCGAUGAAGCCUUCAAGAAAUAUGCUCGUUCCCAGAAUAUCCACUCAGAGCUCAAGCAAUUGGGGAGCACGUUGUCCCAGAUCCAAGCUCUGCUUAAUGAUGCCUCCCACAAGGAAAUAACUGAUGAAUCUGUUAGACUAUGGCUCAAUAGUCUCCAACAUCUGGCUUACGAUAUCGAUGACGUACUUGACGAAGUGGCUACUGAAGCUAUGCGUCGUGAGCUGACCCCGGAAUCAGAAGCGAGCACCAGCAUGGUAAGAAAGCUCAUCCCAACUUGCUGCAAACAGUUCUCACUAAGCCAUUGGUUGAGUCCCAAGUUAGACAGAAUUACCACCAAGUUACAACAUCUAGAAAAACAAAAUCCUGGUUUGAUUGUGAAAGGUGAAAAGCCAAAAAUUAAUACUAAUAGAAGAAACGAAACCUCUUUGCCAGAACGUGAUGUUGUUGGAAGAGAAGUUGAGAAAAAGAAAUUGCUCAACCAGUUGUUAGUAGGUGAAUCAUCUAAGGAAAAGUUUAGUAUCUUACCCAUAGUUGGUUUGGGUGGAGUGGGAAAGACCACUCUGGCUAGAAUAUUGUAUAACGAUACGCGGGUGAAAGAUCACUUUGAACUCAUGGCUUGGGUUUGUGUUUCCGAUGAGUGUGAUGUAUUCAAAAUAAGUGAAACCAUCUUUGAAUGUGUGGCUACAGAAAACAAACAGUUCAAAGAUGUAAAUCAGCUUCAAAUUGCUCUUAGAGAGCAAUUUAAGGACAAACGAUUUCUACUAGUACUUGAUGAUGUGUGGAAUCAAAACUAUGAUGAUUGGGAAAAACUAGUGCGUCCAUUUCAUUCUGGGGCUGCUGGAAGUAGGGUAAUCAUGACAACUCGCCAGCAAGAUCUGCUUAAAAAGAUAGGUUUUAAUCAUGUAGACAAUCUCAAGAGUUUGUCGCAUGAAGAUGCUUUGUCUUUGUUAGCUCUACAUGCAUUAGAUGUAGAUAACUUUGAUUCGCAUGAAACACUUAAACCACAAGCUAAAGGUAUCGUGAAAAAGUGUGGUGGUUUGCCUUUAGCUUUAAAGGCAAUUGGAAGAUUACUCAGAACAAAAACCGAGGGAGAAGAAUGGGAUGACGUGUUGAAAAGUAAGAUAUGGGAUUUAGAAAAUGCUGAUGCAAUUGUUCCAGCCCUAAGACUAAGCUACCAUGAUCUUCCUGCUGAUUUGAAGCGCUUGUUUGCAUACUGCUCUUUGUUCCCAAAGGACUUUAUGUUUGACAAGGAGGAGUUGAUAUUACUAUGGAUAGCUGAAGGGUAUCUGAACGAGUCAACUGCAAACAAGUCACCGGAAUGCUUGGGCCAUGAAUAUUUUGAGAAAUUGCUAUCAAGGUCCUUUUUUCAACCCGCACCUAGUGGCGAACCCUUUUUUGUGAUGCAUGAUCUCAUGAACGACUUGGCCACAUUUGUUGCUGGAGAAUAUUUUUUGAGGUUUGACAAUCAGACGGAGAUGGCAGAGGAAGCUUUAGGCAAGUACCGACAUAUGUCAUUUAUGCGUGAGCGCUAUGUAGGUUUCCAGAAGUUUGAGGCAUUUCAAAGAGCAAGAAGUUUGAGAACACUGUUAGCUGUAUAUGUUGGGGUAGAACAAAGCUGGGAUGAGUUUUACAUAUCCAAUAAAAUUUUGGUUGACUUACUUCCUCAGCUACCACUGUUAAGGGUUCUUUCUUUGAGCCGUUUUGACAUAAGUGAGGUACCGGAUGUCAUUUGUAGUUUGGACCACUUGAGGUAUCUUAAUUUGUCUCGAACAAAUAUCUCAAAGUUACCAGAGAAUGUUGGUAAUCUUUACAAUUUACAAACAUUGAUCGUUUUUGGUUGUGAGAGCUUGAGUACAUUGCCUAAAAGCUUCCUAAAGCUCAAAAAAUUGAGGCAUUUUGACAUCAGGGAUACUCCGCAUUUGAAGAAGCUGCCCUUGGGAAUUGGUGAGUUAAAAAACCUACAAACUCUCCCCAAGGUCAUCGUUGGAGGAGACGGUGACUUUGCAAUAACCAAGCUUAAGGGAUUAGAGAAUUUACGUGGGGAACUUUCCAUUGAAGGAUUGCAGAAAGUGCAAAUCCCAAUGCAAGCAAGGGAGGCGAACCUAUCUCAAAAAAGGCUUACUAAGUUAAAGAUGAAAUGGGGUAAUGAUUCACAGAGAGGAUCACUUGAGAAGGAGGUUCUUGCUGAGCUCAAGCCACACACUGAUACGUUGAAACAUUUUGAAGUUGAGUAUUACGGGGGAGUAGAGUUUCCAUGUUGGGUCGGGGAUCCCACUUUUCAUCAAUUGGUUCAUGUGUCGCUACGGGGUUGUAGAAAAUGUACAUCUCUACCGCCGCUUGGGCGGUUACCUUCACUUAAGGAGUUGUUGAUUCAAGGAAUGGAUGAUGUUAAAGUCAUCAGUUUGGAGUUAAGUAGGAGUACUGAUGUUACCUUCCCUUCACUUGAAAUUCUAAGGUUUGAAGAUAUGUCUAGUUGGGAGGUAUGGUCAACCAAUAGCGAGGUAAUGUUUCCAUGCCUUCGAGAGCUUCAAAUAAUCAAAUGUCCCGAUUUGAGUGAUGUCUCACUUGAAGCAUUACCUUCACUAAGAGUUUUGAGGAUAGAGGGAUGUGGUGAAAGUGUGCUGAGAAGUCUGGUUCAAGCAGCUUCAUCAACCACUAAACUGGAAAUAGACUCAAUUUUAGGGCUUACGGAUGAGGUGUGGAGAGGUGUCAUAGUGAAUUUUGGGGCGGUUGAAGAGCUACGCAUACAAUAUUGUGAUGAGAUAAGAUACCUAUGGGAAUCAGAUGCGGAGGCAAGUAAAGUUCUUGUAAAUUUAAAGGAAUUGCGGGUAUAUUAUUGUAAAAAAUUGGUGAGUUUAGGAGAGAAAGAGGAGGAUGAGGAUAACAUUGGGAGCAACUUCCUAUCAUCUCUUAGGAUUUUGGAUGUAGAAGAAUGUGAGAGUAUGGAGCGUUUGUGUUGUCCGAAUAGCAUUGAGAGGUUAAACAUCAGGGGGUGUAGGUCAGUUAGACAUGUCUCCUUCCCAAGAGCAACAACAACAGGUGGAGGAGGGCAGAAUCUCAAGUCACUUACUAUAGAUAGCUGUGGAAAUCUAAAAUCAAUAAAUCAAUUGAGUAACUCCACUCACCUCACCUCUUUGAGAAUAAGUUAUUGUCGAAACAUGGAGUUAUCUUCUGAUCUUCAUCAGCUAUCAAAUCUCACCUCGUUGUGCAUACAAGGUUUUAAAAGCAUAAGGUCAUUUUCUGACCUUGAGCUAUCAAACCUCACCACGUUGAAAAUAGAAGGUUGUGAAAGCAUAGAGUCAUUUCCUAAUCUCCAUCUGCCAAAUCUCACAGAAGUACACAUAGAAAGUUGCAAAAACAUGAAGGCAUUUGGUGACCUGCAGCUACCAAAUCUAAUCAGUUGGAUGAUAUGGGAUUGUGAAAAUCUGGAGUCAUUUCCUGACCUUCAGCUAUCCAAUCUCACCAUGUUAAAAGCUAUGUGGAUCAGCAAUUGUCCAAUGAUUGAUGCUUCCUUUCCUCGUGGGCUUUGGCCUCCCAAUUUGUGUUCCCUUGAAACAGGGGGGUUGAAAAAGCCCAUCUCAGAAUGGGGCAAUCAGAAUUUCCCAGCUUCCCUUGUUUACCUAAGAUUACAUAAUGAACGUGAUGUGAAGAAUUUUAGUCAAUUGUCCCACCUUUUCCCUUCUUCUCUUAAAUCUCUGAGCAUAUGGGAAUUUGAUAAUCUGGAAUCCAUUUCAACGGGACUCCAAUACCUCACAUCCCUUCAACAUCUGUACAUUGGCAGCUGUCCAAAGCUGAACGAUUUACCAGAGACGCUGUUGCCUUCCCUUCUGAGUUUGAGUACAUUAAUAUGCCCAAAAUUGAAAGAAAGGUGUGAAGGAAGAGGCUCCCACUACUGGCCCCGAAUCUCUCAUAUACCCUGCAUCGAAAUUAAAGACUAAUUGAAAGAAAGUCACCGAGAAGAGAUUCCAUGCCGUGAAUACCCAAUCACCAGAGGAAGAAAAACGACAUCAUACAACCAUCUUCACAUCCUAUCAGAUUUCUAAACCCAUCACAGCCGACCGACAUCCCCUGCAUCUACAUGGACGGCAGUGACAUAUCCUAAAGGAUCUUCUGGGUGAUGGAACAUUCACAGUUGACCAGGUCAAAUUCAAGAACAGAGAAAAGUCUCGAGGUGUGAAUUUUCAGGGGAAGUAUCUUGAGUAAAGUGCAGUAAAACUCGCGCGUAUAAUUACUGAAUCAGCUAAUAACAGACAAAGUGUCGAUGACAUAAGUGAUUUAUUCAUGAAAAUCAAUUGGAUUCAAUAUUCAAGUGAAGGUGUUAAGAAAUUGUCAAAUAUCGGACCAGAGGCUAAGUUAAAGGAAAGGGUCAAAGUGCUUGAUGAUGGACAAGAUCAUUUCUGUUGAAGAAAGAAGAUAUUCUGCAAAUCAACAACGUACACAUCCAAAAUACUUCAUAAUUGGUGGAAAGGAGGCUGGCUACAUCUAUUGCCAUAAUUUGGUUCAUUUACAUGCUCUGCAAACAUCCUGAGAUUCAAGAUAAGAUGUCCAAAGGUGAAUGAUUUACCAGAGAUGCUGUUACCCUCACUUUUGACAUUCAAAAUUGCUUUGGGAAUUGAUCUUGCAAGCAAUCAGCAUAACCAGGAAAUUUAAGGAAUUUUUAAAUAUCACACCAGAGGCUAAGCUAAAUGCAUGAAGAUCAAAGUGGUUGAUGAGUUUGUUUAUUAGCUGAUCUAGACCAAGACUGAACAAAUGAACAGGGGACAAGAUGAUUUCUAGUAAGCGGAUACUUUUUGUCCCAUAAAAUCAUUGGUGGGUUGGGUAACGAGUCGAAAGAGGUCUGGGGUUUUGAAAAAUGGUUACCUUUUUAGUAGGGUUGAAAUGGGUCGGGUCAGGUUGGACUGUUUGACUGAGAUGAAAACACUUUGAUUUUCUUUAAACCUUAUAUCUAGUUAAUGUUUUAACUAUGAUUACAAAAAACAAACCUAGAAAAGAUACAAUAUCUUAAUGCAGAUUUUAACGAAACUCUCAAGACUCUUUCAUGCAGUUCCCAUGGUAUGCAAUCUCAAAUCUUUAUCAAUUUUUCAUACUUUGACUUAAAUGGCCGGGUCUUUGACUAAUCAACAUGGUUACUAGUAUUUAUUGGAGUAAGAGGUUCAAAAUGGAUCUCGUUGGGUCAACCCAAAGCUCUUUUUGUCAAAAAAUAAAAAAAAAGUUAUUGAUAAUUAGUUUAAAAAAAGUAUUAUUUCAAUGAUAGUCUAAUUUUGUUUAUUAAAAUAUUUUCAGGGGUUUUAUCAGAAAAAUGGUUUCGUCAAAUUGUUGUUUCUCUGAAAGCUUCUUUAAGUUUAAGGCUUUUAAGGUGAGUACAAUACAACCCAUAUCGACCAUUUCCUUUUCAUUUGGGUCAUGUAACUGAACUCUUGAUUUGUAAACUUUUUUGUGGUCUAGUUUAAAAGUCAACCUUCAUGUUAUGUCAUUUGACCAAAGCAAAAGUAUCUAGAUUAUCAUAAAACGUAUAUUAAUAAUUAUUUAAUGAACCUGCUGAUGUGAGGAAUUUUAGUCAACAUGGUCAACGUGGUUGAUGAGUUCCAGUACAAGUGAAGAAAGCCUAUAAAAUCUUGUCAAGGCUAUUUUUCCUUCGAGCUCUUGAAGCCGAGUCGACUGCUCUGGAAGCCUGGAAUCGUGUCAAGGCUAUUUUUCUCAACAACAAAGGACCACGUUAGAGUAAAAGGGUCAAAGUGGUUGAUGAGUUCCAGUACGAGUGAAGAAAGCCUAGAAAAGAUACAAUAUCUUCAUGCAAAUUUUAACAAAACUCUCAAGACUCUAUCAUGCAGUUCGAGUGCUUGGUGCAUGAGUAUGUUCAAUGAUUACAUUUCAAUACAGAAACUACGUUAGCUGAUUUGAUUUUGCUAAACAUGGACUUAAGACCAUGACAUCCUAAAGGAUCUUCUAGGUGAUGGAACAUUCACAGUUGACCAGGAAAAAUUGAGAUAAGAGAGAUUUUAGCAGUUUGAAGAAAGAAUUUGCAAGGUUUCUGCAUAGCAACAACACACAUCCAAAGUCACAGAUGUUGAGGAAUUCGCAAACAGUGAGAGUGAAGAAAGCCUAGAAAAGAUCGAAUAUAUUAAUGCAGAUUUUAACGAAACUCUCAAGACUCUUUCAUGCAGUUCCAGUGGUAUGCAAUCUCAAAUCUUCAUCAAUCUCUCAUACUUUGACUUAACUGGGCCUUUAACUAAUCAACAUGGGUACUACUAGUUAUUGGAGUCAGAAGUUCAAAAUGGUACACAUUAAUUGGGUCAACCCAAAAGCUCUUUCUGUCUAAAUUUCUAAAAAAAAUAUUAAUAAUUAGCAUGUCAACUAAAGAAAUAUUAUUUCAAUGAUAGUCUAAUUUUGUUUACCAAAAUGAUUUUAAGGGUUUUAUGUUUCAAAAAAACACAUUGGGUAACUUUACAUCUUAAAAAGGAAAUAAAAAAGUGAAGCAAUACAGAUGUUGCAACUUUGCGUAUAUGCAAAAUUUAUAUGCUUCGCAGAUGAUGACGAUGAUGCAUGAUGUAUCUGGUGGUUAUGUUGUGAAGGAAGGGGAUAUUGCAGCUUAUCAGAAAAAUGGUUUCAUCAAAUUGUUGUUUUCAUCCAGAAAGCUGAUCCCUUUAAGUUUAAGGCUUCUAAGAAAGCACACGCAGGACAAACAAUUUGUUUGGACAGGGAAUUUGCGUAUUGGCAGAUGAACAUCUUUGCUUUCAUUCUGCUAAGUUGUUUCAUUUUCAAGCUGAACAACUAAAACAAAACUGCAAGAAGACUCACCAAAGAACCACUAGACGAUGAUGAAGAAGACCCAAUACUGAGCUGGAGCCAAGCAUCUAGUGGUUCUCCAUUAAGAUCCAAAUCCAACCUAGCCAUUUGCUAGUUAUUCAGGGGUGGCGAGGCACCGGGUGAUAUUAAUCUAAACAGUGAAAGAGAAGAUGUUUUUAAACAGUGAAGAUGUUUUAUUUGCUAGCGGUUCUUCAUUAAGAUCAGAGUGUUGAUUGAUUAGUCCUUUCCGCAACAAGGUUUAUACAUCUGACCCAGCCAAUGUUUAAGACCCAUGACAAAAGUUAUGUUAAGUUGAAGAAAGAAGACAUUCUAUCAGGGUUUCUGCAAAUCAACAAGACACAUCCAACAUACUAAGAGAGACAUAAUCCGAAUUCACUUAUUUCGAGCCCGGAUUUUGACUUUGAUGACAACCUGUGCGGCGUUGUUACUCUUACUUUGGGCUUGUGUUGCGCCUUAACUGUCAUGUUGCGACAGGUCAUGAAGUACCAGAAGAGAGCAUUGAGCUUUUGAUCAAGAGAUUCUGUUUCAGAGGAUAGUGAGAGAAAUCGAUAAGGUUUUCAAAACAGAUGCUCUGCAGCGGCUGCUCUCCAGGAGGCAGCUGAAGCAUACCUUGUUGGACCCAUUGAAGACUCUUGCACGUAGGAUUCGUGGUGAGAGGGCUUAGAGUUUAUAUAUCUGUAACGCUAGUAUGUAGAUCUGAACUGUGUAAUUAUGCUCUUAUAAUUCUUAUUGACUCAUAUUGAAUGAAAGUUUUCAGUUUAGUCCUGUUAAA